AUUAUUACUAUCAAUUUUUCCUUAAUAAUAAUCGUUCAAAGCUAGGCAUUUUUGUGUGACUAUUAUAAAUGUUAGAAGGAGUACCUCAAAUUGAUAUGGAAAAACCUGAGUUACAUUGAUAUGGAUAGAGCAUGCACCUUUUGCUACACCCAUGUUGAAACAGUAGCUCACCUUUUCUUCCAAUGCCCCAAUAUAGGGAAAAUUUGGAAUGAUAUAUGUUUGUGGCUUGGUGUUAAGCAACAUAUUACUACACUUGCUGCUGCUGUCAAAUGCUUCAAGAAGUUUUAUGCCGGUGCUAGAAUCAAGAGCAAGGCAGUGCGGAUUGCCAUGUGCUGCACAAUUCAUACUGUUUGGAAGGCAAGGAACAAGCUAGUGUUUGAGAAAAAGGCUACUCCUUCUAAUGAAAUUUUUCUUCAGAUCAAGUUAUUGACUUAUAAGAGUAUGUGAUGUGAGACUUUAACGAUACGCGACAUAUCCGCAGCCAGUGCAUCUCACAAGACGUCGGAUUGGUGGAGACUGGGGUUUUGACAGUCUGGACUCUGGACCAAAGACUUCUUCGACGGUCAGACCCAUUUACCUGAAAGCUUGGUUGCAACUUGCAAGCCACCAAAAAUAAUUGAUGAGUGUUUAUAACAAACAUAUGUGUCCAAUUUAUAUUUUUGUACGAGU